ACUUAUGGACGACCCUCGAUCGCCGGUAAAAACAAAAGUUUUCGCGAAUUUGGAUUCAAAAAUCUGUUUUUAAAAGUUUUCCAAUUUUACGUGAAAAAAAUCAGUGGAGUGCAAUCAAAAUGACCUCAAAAUGUGGCCUCCUGACGGCAGUGCAUCUUGCUAACAUAAACAACACCCUGGCGGCAACCAGAAAAUAUGCUCUGGGCACAUUAUACGUACAGGUGCAUCCGCAGUACCGAGAUUCCAUCGGGAGCCGGCCUACCGUUUUCGGAAGUUGGCUAACGAAGCUCUACCAGAGUUCUCCGUCGACUCUCGAAUCAGGAAUGGAUCUGAGGUUUAUUGUCAGUUCCCUGAAGACGAACGAAAAGGUUCCACUGAAACCGCUAAUGUUGGAUUUCCUAUUUUUCGAUUAUCCGACCGCUGGGGCUCAUGACGCUGAGCUGGGCUCGCUCCUAAAACUUCAUCCGGGCGCUGAGGUCGUUGAACUCGGAGACAAGGCAUUAGGUCUUGAUUCAAGUUUGUUGGAUCAAACCAGUGGGGAACUUUUCAACAACGUUGUACUGGGAGGAACCUUCGAUCGGUUGCAUGCCGGGCACAAGGUGCUUCUGACGCAAGCCGUUUUACUUGCAAAGCAACGGUUAGUAGUCGGUGUGACCGACGAGACCAUGAUUCAAAGCAAAAAGCUCUGGGAGCUGAUUCUUCCGGUGGAGCAGAGGAUUGCCGAAGUGAGGGAUUUUCUGGAAUCGAUUGACCAUACGUUGCAGUAUGAAGUCGUUCCCAUCAGUGACCCUUUCGGACCGACGGCCACGGAUCCGAAUAUGGAUUUGAUCGUGGUCAGCACCGAAACGGCACGUGGUGGGGCAAAAGUGAACGAGUUGAGGGGCAAAAAUGGCCUAAACCAGCUUGCAGUUCAUACGAUCGAUCUACUGGACGAUGAAUCGACUGUCGAUGACAAGGAAGACAAGAUCAGUUCCAGCAAUCAACGGAUGGACCUGCUGGGUACUCGCCUCAAGCCGAAGAAAGCGAAAAGCGAUUUGGCCCAGAGCCCUUACAUUAUUGGACUAGUAGGUGGAAUAGCUUCGGGAAAAAGUAAAAUGUCCGAGCGAUUUGGAAAAUUGGGGGCAGGUGUAAUCGACUGCGAUAAGAUUGCUCAUCAAUUGUACGAACCGGGCGAGGAUUGCUACCAAACGGUAAUCAAUAACUUUGGAUUAUCCAUUUUAAAUGAAGACAAAACCAUAAACCGAAAAGCCUUGGGUGCGGUUGUAUUCAGCAAUCCCGAUAAGCUGGAUUUGUUGAAUACAAUUUUGUGGGAUGCUAUCCUAGAACGUGCCAAGCUGCGCAUCAAGGAUCUGCACGAAAAGGAAGGCAAACAGGUAAUCGUGAUGGAAGCGGCAGUCCUGUUGAAAGCUGGCUGGCAAAAUGCGUGCCACGAGGUGUGGUCCUGCAUCAUUCCAAAAGAGGAGGCAAUUAAAAGGUUGGUGGAAAGAAAUGGACUUAGUCAGGAAGAAGCCGAGAAACGUAUUCAAACGCAAGCCAGUAAUUCAGAGCUGGUUAGAAGCUCCGAUGUAGUUUUUUGUACCGCGUGGAGCUACGAAUAUUCACAGCAACAAGCGGAAAAGGCAUGGCGAAUGUUGGAAAAGGAGCUUAGACUUAAGUUGUAGGCUUGAGAGAUUUUAGGACUAUGAAAUGUUUUAAGCUUACAGUUGGGCUAAAGGAUAUUAAAGCUUUGUUAUUAUU